AUGCCGCCAUUAAUAUUGCAUAAUGUUCCAGACGAAGAGUGUUAUGUAGGUGAAGAUGGUGUCAAAAGACCUUAUGCUAUGCUAUUCCCUGGAAAUGAUGGACAUCCAGGUGUAUCGAGGAUUCGAAGAACCGUCCCCGAGACAGGAUCAUUUGGUAAAUCAACGAGACGAUCUCGAUCAAGAACUGGCACACCAGCUUUAAAAAAGGAGGAUCCGACUUUGGCAGCUGCAGAUGCAAUUUUUGCUGCCACGUUCGCAAGAAGAGCUGCGGCUUCAUCAGAAACAGGGCCAUCUCAGCGCAAAUCCUCCAUACAACCUUCUUUGUCGCAAAACAAUCUUCGAGAUAGCAAUGCAUUAGCAGCGAUUGAUGGUAAUGCCGGCCCAUCUUCGAGAUUUGUACACAAGGAGCCAACGGAGGUUAUACUACGAGGUUUCACGCCAGAUCAUCAAUGGGCCGCUAUUGGGGAAUAUGAAAGAAUCGCCGGCCACGUUUGCGAAGAUUAUCCUCGCGACCCCCCUCUCGAUCAACGAAGAUAUAAAACCGACCUUCGAGAUCCUGCGGUCCUGCGAAGACGUCCCAUGACUACGGAGGAAAAAGCAAAGGCCUUGAAAUAUGCUGGUGGGAAGCACUGGAUUAAGAUAACGUUCGAGUCCGCGGAAGCCGCAGAUGCGGCUAUAGAAGCCUCUCCACAAGCAGUACUUGGUCACCUUGUCCACGUUGAACUCUAUCGUGGUGCGCCACCGGCAAAAGAUGAGCCGGGAAUGUCCACUGUACCAUCAGGCCGAUCAUCUCGUUUUAAUGCUUAUAAACCCCGCUUUGAUCCCGGACCUUUACUCCCUGGCAUCGAACGUCCACCUCAACAAUCCGGUCUCACUCGCGCAUGGACUACUCCUGAGAUGUCACAAGUUGGUCGAAGCGUACAUUUUGAAGACCGCGGGCAGUCUCCCGAAGGUUCUCAAGCUACCAGUCAUACUAUCGAUACCACUACUUUAACAGCAUCGACUAUCACGGGUGGUAGUCUCGCCCUACAGCAACGACCAACCUCUUCAGGUUCCGCCGCCCCCGAAGCGCCAUCUCUAUACUGUCGCGGAAUUCCCACAGCCCACCGACUCCAACUUCUCCCCGCCGAUCAAGCUCUACUCCCUCAAAAAUCGUACACGCAACAAGUAUUAUCCAACAUCCCACUAUUAAACUGGUUCAAUGAGGAUAUCAUUGGGGAUACAGUACCAAGAACAGAUACCGGCGAAUUCGACUGGGCGAAAGCGAGUCUGUAUUGGAAAAUGAUCUACUGGUUGGAUACAUACCUCAGCAUAUUUGGAGUAGCGGGGGGAGAAAAGGAAGAUUAG